AAAGAAGUUGCCCGAUAACGCCACGGAUCAGAAAUGGCAGGUACUGUUAAGAAGUAUGUUACUGGAGCAGAAUAAUAACUACAAUGGCAGGUUUGUUAGCGAGGAUUUUAUUUUACCCCACACUGGCUUACAAUGUGGUAAUGGAGAAAAUCUCUUCUCGGCGAUGGUUUGAUCGCGUGGACCAGACUGUCAUUCUUGGGGCUUUUCCAUUCAAGUCCAUGACCAAAGAGCUGGUUCAAGUGGAAAAUGUUCGAGGGGUGAUAACGAUGAACGAAGAAUACGAGACAAAGUUUUUCUGUAAUUCAGCAGAGUUGCACUCACUAGGCAGGCUUUCCCUUUUUUCUGGCAGAAGAGCAGAGUCCGCCAUGUUUGCCCAUGCCGACUUCUUUUGGUUAAAGGAGUGGAAAUCAGACGGUGUUGAGCAGAUCAGACUCAGCACAGUGGACCUGACCGGAGUUCCCAGUCUGGAACAUAUUCACCGAGGUGUUGAUUUUGUUCUGAAACACCGUGAUCAGGGCACCAGUGUCUACAUCCACUGCAAAGCAGGACGUUCUCGCAGUGCCACUCUGGCUGCUGCAUACCUCAUCAGGAUUCACUGCUGGAGCCCAGACAAGGCCUGUAACAUGCUUGCAGCUGUCCGGCCACACAUACUGAUCCGCUCUGCCCAGCGUGACAUGCUAGACAAGUAUUACCAGCAAGUGUGUGGACCAGAUUCAUGCUGUGUAUAAUACAAAGAUCUGUGUUCCUUUGGUCUAGCCGGUGGCUUGUUUGCAAUCAGCAUGUGUUUUUUUCUGGUCUAAGCUGUUUUUUUUGCAAAUUUUGCUAAGUCCCUGGGUUAUGCUGGGAUCAGAGUACACGUGAUUUGUCUUUCACAAUGCCUAAUCUGAUAUGGUGACAAUCCUAGUGCCAUAGAUUUUUGCCAUGUCUUGGUCAGGACACUGGCAACACUACAUGUUUGACUCUAACCAACCAUUGUUCGUGUCCUUGCGUGUCAGCUGGGAGGAGGGUCAAGAAAUUGUUGGUCACAGUUAUCAAGGAAUAUAGCAUAGGUGUUGUCACUAGGUAAGAAAAUGCAAAAAUGCUGUCAUGCUACAUGGGCUUUGUAGCAUGACAUAAUUGAAGAAUACCAGUGUGGUAUCAGGGACGCCACCACAACACCCUAACUCCACAUCGCUGUUCUUUGAUUGUCAUGUUACAAAGCCCUUUCAGUGUUCUGGCAGAUCCAACCCCGGAAAUGUGUUGGACACAACAAAAUCAUGUCAAAAUUGGUCUGAAUAUGUGUAGUCUGAUGCUGGCAUUAAAAAGACUUUUCUGAAACUGUGUUAAUUUAUGCACAUAUAUGUAUUUAUGUGACUUUCCACACCAAUGCAGAAAAUGUCUUUUCUUUAUACUUGUAUGUUAAAUGUCAAAGCUAUUAAAUAUUUUAGAACAUGUCUUAGUAUAGACUGUUCAUGUAUACAGGAGCUUUGCAUAAUUGUAGCUGUAGUUCAUUCAUUAUUAAUGUCUUUUUUUGCAUAACAUAGAUAUUUGACGCGGUACGCGGUGGUCCGGACUACCGUUGUGGUCCGGACCACGCCGUUUUCAGGUGUGGUCCGGACCACCAAGUUCAGAAGACAAAUUUUAAAUUUUCAGCUACUUCUUCCCCUAAUUUAGAAUAAAUUCUUUCCUUUGCCCUUUCUUCUGUUGCUUUGUAGUCUCUAGCACAUUUUUUCUUAUUCCUUAGAAGCUGUUCAUAACCACCCUGAGACAUAAUGACGAAAGUUGGUAAAAUUAUUUUUCACUUCCCUCGUGGCAGCUCCCGCUUUUUUACAUGCGUUAGAACUGGUAUCUUUUAUUGCGCGUGUGUUUUACGCAUGCAUUUCUCUUCCGGUUUGAGAAAAAAUAACAAAUGAUGUACGACUUUGUAAAAAAAACUCGUAUUAAAUGACAAACACAGUAUGAUUUUGGUAAGUUUUUAUUUAUAUCGUAAUAUAAUACAGCAUACGGUGAACCGGACCACAAUCCAGGAAAAAUAAUUAAUUAAUGCCCUCGUUUUGUAUGGAAAAUACGGUGAUCCGGACCACCGCGUACCGCGUCAUUUAGGCAUUGCCUAAAAGCAAAGCAAAAUAUUUGCAAAGGCACAAAGUCAACCUGAAUAGAAUAAUAUUUAAAUAAUAUUGGCUGGCUUUGAGUGGUCUAUCAGAUAUAUUCGAUUCAGCUAGCAUGAUGCUGAACUCGUCUUCAACUUGGUCAAUAUCAUGCUAGCUGAAUUGAAUAUAUCUGAUAGACCACGAAAAAAAGCCAGCCAAUAUUUUAUUAUUAUUAUAAUAAUACACUCUUCAUAUCCGCAUUCUCAAAGACCAACACAAGCUUACUUGCGAGUUGGUGCUGUUAGCAUGGCAGUCCAAUUCCCUUCUAGCCGGAGUAGCAUUCAGCAACAGCGUUAGCGAAGGCCAAUGCGAGCUUACCCGCAACUCGGUGCUGUUAGCGCCACAGUCCAGUUGCCUUCUAGCCAGCAUAGUGUUAGCACAGUCAAGCCAAAUAUUAUUUUCCCUGUGAAAUUUAUGGAGUUACUUUUAAAAUCAACAUGGACAACGACACAGAACGGAACGACUUGGCAGCCAAAAAUCUUCCGCUUUUAACGACGCAAACCUCAUAUCCAUGUUUGUUUAAUCACUCGCUAGUGUGGCAGUUUUACAUCUCCGACGUGUGUCUUUUCCAGUUUUUCGAUGUCUGUUGAUACCAACAGUUUUUCACUUGUAAAUAUGCGUGAAGAAUAUAUAAUAAAGUUUUGGUAGCCUUUCAGAUGUUCAA